AUGAGCUACAUGCAGCAAUUGGACAUAAGUGUUCCUAAUUUGUAUCAAACUCUUCAACAACAACUAUGGAAGUUGUUCUCCCCCAAGCUAAUUUGUAAGGAGCUAGUCAAAGCUCUUCCCAACAAUCCAAUCAAUUUCCACCAUGAAGAAGUCUCUGCAAAAUAA